AUUAAUAAUAACUUAAUACUGUUUUUAUAUUUCAAUUUUCUUUGAAACAAAUAUUUGUUUGUACUGGCUUAACGUUGAUAUAACCUCUAUAAAUGUCAAAUGUGAAGUUUUAAAAAAUAGUUAAAUAUUAAAUUGUUGUGAGAAAACAUUGUAGAAUCUAGAUAAGGUGUGAUGACAUGAUAGAUAUUAUUGUUUAACGAAUAAAAAUGGCUGAGACAUCUGAAGUACAAAAUAAAGAUAUUGGGCCUGUGGUCAUAACAGAACAAGAACGUGAAUUAGCUCAAAAUGCGCUAUAUGAAUUUCAGAAAGGAUCAUAUGCUAGUUGUUUAUCUUACUUGAAUAAACUAGAAACCCUAAGACCAAAAGAUCUUAAAGUAAUGCAUAAUAAAGUUAUAGUAGAGUGUUAUAAAAAUGACUUGAAAAAGACAGAGUUAUUAAGAAAGAGUUUGAACGCAAUAUGUGGACAAAUGUCUACAACAGAUUCAACGGAAACAAUAGAUGAUAUUGAGAAAUGUGUUAUGCGAUAUAAUCAAGCAGUUUUGCUAUUUCAUACGAAACAAUAUAAUUCGGCACUUCAAAUUAUGAAUAGACUAUUUGCUUUUAUAGAACCUAUGGAAGAAUCAUUAGCGCACAAAGUAUGCCUCCUUCUUAUAGAGCUGCAUAUAGCUAUAAAACAACCUGAUGCAGCUUUGUCCUUAAUUAAUUACAUAGAAAGUCAACUUAUAUCUACAGACAACUCGAAAAUUGCACCUGUUGAUAAGGAAGGCAUAAUAAAAUCUAUAAAAGAACAAAAAGAGCAGAAAAAAGAAGUUGAUACAGCUGUAGAUGCAUUUAAAAUAAAACUGUUAAAAUGUAAAGCUAGAAUAUAUCUUAUGAUGCAUCAAUUGAAAUUAUGUAAGAGGGAAUGGAAAACUUUAGUUUCUUUGGGUACACCUGCAAAUAUAUCCACUGUUUUUUUAAAAGCUAAUCUUGAAUAUUUAAGAGGAAAUUACAAAAAAGCUAUCAAAUUGUUAAACUCUGUAACAUCGGAAAACUUGGAUUUCAAAAAUUGUGGAGAGUCUUCUGCUGUUUUGUAUUAUAAUAACAUGGCUUGUUUGCAUCUUGCUAUGGGUAAACCAAACUUAGCUUGUUUUUACUUACGAAAGGCUUUACAUGAAAACGAGUGCGCACUAGAAAGUGUGCAGAUGAAAGAUAGUGAUCCUCUAUCUACACAACCACUGUAUACGCUUGGUGCGAGCCGACACUAUGAGUUAAUGUACAGUUUAGGUGUUUCAUUAUUACACGCGGGUCAGGCUUCAGUCGCAUUUGAUUGUUUCAUGGAAGCUGCACAAAAACUCCAUAAUAAUCCAAAACUGUGGUUAAGGGUUGCAGAAUGCUGUAUUUAUUGUCAUAAACCUACCAAUGAGGUUGAUUUUAAUAUUCCGAAACGAAGAAAAGAUUUGGUACAAAAAAUUGUUGGUUCUGGAAUUUAUAGAAAAAUUAUUUUAGCUUCUUCUCUUUCGAAAGAUGUAAAAUAUCAUCCAGAAGGUUUCCCUUCUGCUAUUCCACAAUUAACUUUAGAAUUUGCAUCUUUGUGUCUAAAGAAUGCAUUAUUUUUAUUACCAAAUAAUAAUGAACUUAAUGUACCAAUGACAACAAUUACUAACUCGCAGGCGGUACCUUUAUCAUUAACGGCUGGUCAUAAUUUAGAACAAAAUGUUUUAGGUCCUCAACAUUCAACUUUAAUGUCACAAGCUACAGCUGUUGAAGCAUUAAAUUUAAAAAUUAGUGUCUUGGCUGCAAGUGCUUAUGUUUGUUUAUGCCUUGGUGAUUAUGUCAUUGCACUUGAGCAUGCUAAAUCAUUGCUAAAUAUUAAUAAAUUACCUGGUGCAUAUAGAAUGCUUGGAAAUCUUUAUGCAGCAGAAAGUUUGAUAUUUAUGGACAAAAUUAGCGAAGCAAUUGAAUACCUAAAACCAGAAAAUAUUCAAGAUUUGAAUACUUUUGUACCUUUUCCCGAGACGCAAGAUAAAGAUAAAGACAAGGGUGAUGAGGUUGUAUCAAAACCCAUAAAAAUGUGGUAUCCGACGACCGUUCCUACAGGAAUCGCUGUAUUGCGUUAUAACCUAGCUGUAGCUUAUGCAAUUCGCGGCGAACUCGAUAAAUCUGGAGAAACCCUAAAACAGGUUUGGAUGUCUAAAGGACCAGAUUGUGAUGUUCCCAUACAUGUAAUAAUGUUAGCUUUAUACAUAGAACUGCAAUUAGGUCAUGCAGACAUUUCGAGAUCAAUAAUAAAACAACACUGUCCGCAGUAUCGCUGACGGUAAAUUUGUACGUUUCGUUGUAAAUGUAAGUGGAUUGUAAGUCUGCAUAUGUAAAUAAACAUAUGUACAAAAUAUA